AUGUCCGCAAAGAAUUUGACUGCAAGUUUCUUUAAGACUUUAAACGGUUACCUAUAUUUUUUUGGUGUAUCCAACCUAUGGCUAGAUUCAAUGGAUCAUAAAUUGUCAACGAUUAAUAGAAGGAUCAGUAAAGUUAUUACAAUAUGCUUAUAUAUCUUUGUUACUUUAGAAAUAUUAGCAUUUUUCACUCAACCGAAUUUAACAGAAAAGCAAUCAUCAGAUAGAUUUUUAUUCGGUCUUUCUCAUCCGAUAUUAAUUAAUUAUUACACAAGCAUCGAAUAUCAUAAAGAGAAGUUACAAAAAAUCAUACACACGUUAACUGUUGAUUUAAAAAAUGUUUAUAAUAAUAAAAAAGUUGAACGUCAUAUGAUUCGAAAAUCAAAAUUGUAUUCAGCUGCGUAUUUAUUCAGUUUUAGUAGUGCUUUAAUAUCGUAUGGGAUUGAUGGUCUGAUGCAAGUGCUGAAGAAAGAUGGAACCUUCACUACAGUUAUUACUGCUUGGCCUGAUGUAGAAGAUAGAAGUAUAUAUGCCAAUAUUGCAAGAGUAAUCAGUUACAUUCUGUGGUGGAUCUUCAUGACCCGUAUGUCUGCGAUAUAUGUCCUAGUUAUCUGCCUAACAUCUUGUCUAAGUCAUCAGUACAAGAAUCUACGGAGCUACUUUUAUGAUCUUGUUGAAAUAUUUGAUGAACACGAUUUAAGUCAAGAGGAAAAGGAGAAAAAGUACGAAGAUUCAGUGAUGAUUGGGAUAAAAUUACAUUCGGAUACCUUAUGGUGUACCAGACAAAGUGAGACUGCUUGUGGAAUAGUUUUCAGUGGUCAGAUAUUGGUAAACAUUUCUGUUCUUUGUCUGCUCAUGUUGCAGAUGGUGAAUUCAGAGCGCACGUUGAGCAAUGCCCUGGCUACUAUCACCACUGGAGUCACCAUGCUUAUCAGCACUGGAUUCUUUAUGUGGAGUGCUGGUGACGUCACUGUUGAGGCAUCUCUACUCAGCACUGCCAUGUAUAGUUCUGGUUGGGAGAACUGUCAGAAAGAUUGUUCAGUUCGAAUCAGGCGUUUGUUAGUUAUUGCGAUGGCACAAAGUCAGCGUCAAGUGACACUGCGCAGUUUUGGUAUAAUUGAGUUAUCGUACCAGUCUUAUGUUUCUAUUGUGAAAUCUUCAUAUUCAGUGUUUUCAAUAUUAUAUUAG